AUGUACAAGGCUCUCCUUGCUUUGCUCAUAUUGUGCACCGUUUGUUGGGUCAUUCAGCUACUACCGGUCAUUUCAGUUCCACUUACUUCCCCUGGAGGUAACAUCUAUCUUUCACAUUUCGAGAAUGUAAAAUUUGGAGUGUUUGGCAUAUGUGAUACCCAAGCUGGGAGAUGUAGUAGCCCCAAAAUAGGCUACCCGUCGUCAAAUAGCUCCUUCUAUGACUUGGCAAACGAUGUCAGUAGAAGUUUCAGUGGGGUUGUCCUACCGUCUUAUGUUAGAUACACAAUAUCAAAACUAUUGGUGGUCCAUGUUGUUGCGUUUUGCUUUUCAAGUUUAUUGUUGAUUGUCAUCUUUAUGUUGUAUGCUUUGGAAAGCUGGGACAGAAUGAAAGAUCGAAUGGAACUGGGAAAACGAAAGAGUGAAGUGAAUCCAUUAAGAAACGAAAGAGAAGAGGAAAAUCAUGGACAUGUUGAGUUUGAUGAUGAUGAAGAUGAAGCCCAUAUAAAUACAGUUGAAAAUCGUAAAGAGGAACGAGAUUUGAGCCCUUAUUUGAAUAUAAUGUUAAUCCUUACUAUAUUUUCCGUGUUAACGACAUUGCUAGCGUUUUUGGCUGACAUUUUGUUAUUUGUUCCUAGAUUGAGUUACCUAGGGUGGAUGCAGUUAUUGCCCAUUGUUUCAAUGGCAUUGAUCACUUCGAUGUUGUGCUUUAUUAAGAGGUCGAUAUCGAGUAGGAAAUUUUUUGAAAACUACGACCACCCAUAUGCUAAUGACGAGAUGAAGAUAUUACGAAACAGAGCUAUGGAGCACUCAUGGAAUGACACUUCGAGUGAUGAUGGGUUUGUUGUGUACACUGAUGGGUUUUACACAAGGAAUGAAGGAGAAGGUGAUGAGACCAGGGAUCGAAACCAUUCAACUAGCUCAUUUAGAAGUGGCAUACGACGCAGCAAUCAACGGCCAAGCGAGGAUUAUUCAGUAAAUUCUAGCAGGGGUUCUAUUGAACUUGACAAUCUACGAUUGAGCUAA